GGAUCUAUCUUUGUUACAAAGUGCCAUACGCCCGUAACUUUUCUAUCGCUGUGUUCAGAUAGCUGGAGAUUGCUCUGAGAAACUUGGUCUUCCCUGUCCCAGGAUGUCCCAUGAUCGUUCUUCUGACGCUGGAUGUUUGUGGAGCGCAGCGCUUGACAAACAGAAGUCCCAUCAUCCCAUGAACACAGAAGACGGAGUGCAGGAGGGGUGCACAGCCAGCCCGGAGUCCGUCCUGAGACUGCGCAAAGGACACAUGCCAGUGACCUCGGAGGACACAGACUCCCAACAUGACCAGUUUGAUGACUUGUGUCCCCUCUUGGCGGACCCCGCUCCAUGCCCUGCCCAGGAUAAUAUGCCAGAGCCACGUGAUCACGUAGAGGAGCCAGUAGAGGAGCCGGUCCCGGAGGACGAAGGUUUCAUGGGAAUGGCCCCCCUCCUGCAAGCCCACCACGCCAUGGAGCGAGUGGAGGAGUUCGUCUGUAAGGUGUGGGAAGGGAGGUGGCGUGUCAUCCCCCACGACGUGCUGCCGGACUGGCUAAAGGACAACGACUACCUGCUGCACGGUCACCGGCCCCCCAUGCCGUCCUUCAGGGCUUGCUUUAAGAGCAUCUUCAGGAUACACACAGAGACCGGUAACAUCUGGACACAUCUGCUGGGUUGCGUCUUCUUCCUGUGUUUGGGGAUUUUCUACAUGUUCCGGCCAAACAUGGCCUUCGUCGCCCCCGUGCAGGAGAAGGUGGUCUUUGGCAUGUUCUUCUUGGGCGCCAUCCUCUGCUUGUCCUUCUCGUGGCUCUUUCACACCGUCUACUGUCACUCGGAAGGAGUUUCCCGCGUCUUCUCCAAGUUGGAUUACUCUGGAAUCGCACUCCUCAUCAUGGGAAGCUUCGUCCCCUGGCUCUACUACUCCUUUUACUGCAACCCGCAGCCUUGCUUCAUCUACUUGAUCAUCAUCUGUGUUCUGGGCAUUGCCGCCAUCAUCGUGUCUCAGUGGGACCUCUUCGCCACGCCGCAGUACCGGGGAGUGAGAGCCGGUGUGUUUGUGGGCCUGGGUCUCAGCGGAAUCAUCCCCACCCUGCACUUUGUCAUCGCCGAGGGGUUCCUGAAGGCCGCCACAAUGGGCCAGAUCGGCUGGCUACUCCUCAUGGCCACGCUGUACAUCACCGGAGCAGCCCUGUACGCCGCGCGGAUCCCCGAACGCUUCUUCCCUGGAAAGUGCGAUAUCUGGUUCCACUCUCACCAGCUGUUCCACAUUUUUGUCGUGGCCGGGGCCUUCGUCCACUUCCACGGCGUAUCCAACCUCCAGGAGUUCCGUUUCACCGUCGGCGGGGGCUGCGCGGCCCAAGAGGUGCUGUAGGUAUCUCGCCGCCGCGGGUGGAGCGCAGCGCAAAAGGAGAGCAACCGCCGCCUAGGGUGAGAAGGGAGGCAGACGGCCUCCCCGAGUGACCAGCGGAGGAGAGACACAUGGGGGUGGGGGGGAAUAAAUAUUCCAAGCCCAGCGAGACUGUGGAACCUAACAAUCUUACCUCAACGAUUCAUUACCACGUGUAUGAAGUUAAUUUAUUCCUGGGGAGUGGGUCACUUAUCUUUUAACCCUUUCGGCUCUGCAAGGGGGGGGUGGGAUUUUUGGUCUCUCCGGCACUGACAUGGUUAAAUUAUUUUGCUACCCGAGCUUCCUACAGACAAGUUUCCUGCGGGUCUCUAGCGGUGGAUAUUUAUUUUUAUAGUUCUGGCGGAGAAAGGGUCUUUGUGAUUGGAAUUAUUCCUUUUAUUUCUCAGAUCACUCACAAUUUUAAAUGGCGGUUAAUUUGCUUAAUUCCGUUUAAUUUCCGGUGAAAACGUGGGGAAAGUGGGGGGAACGAUCAGAGGAUUUGUUGUACAUAGUAAAUAGUUAUAAGAAAAAAAGGAAAAAAAAAAAAAAAGACAGUUUUGUUUAAAAAAAAUAAUAAUAAUAAAAAAAUAGAUUUCUAUACAUUUUUUGAAAACGAGACAAAAUAUAUAUAUUAAAAACACAAAAUUAUAAAUAUACACAAUAAGGGGAAGCGUUAUUCUGUAACACAAAAAUAUUCCGCCCCCCACGCGCAGUUUUCAUGGAAACAUUGGGCAGAAGUGU